GUACAAUAUCCAUCACUACCCACAAAGCUCGCAAAACAACCUCCAAAAUAGCAAACAUGGCUUUAGCAGCCGCAUCAAUGGCGAUCUCUGUAUUUUCCUCCACUCCCAAAUUUUGUUCUCCAACCAGUGCAGUCUUCCCUUUCACACAAUUCACUCAAAAGAAAACCACUUCGCUUAAAUUCAGUUCCUCUAGCUCUGUAGCCGGGAUUCGCCCUCUGGUUUGCCGCGAAACCUUCAAUCACGCGGGUCCUGUGUGGAUAAAACCUCAGCCUCCGACGGUAUUUUGUGCCAAGGGAUACAAAAUGAAGACGCACAAGGCUUCUGCCAAACGGUUUCGAGUUUCGGGGAGUGGGAAGAUAAUGAGGAGAAGAGCAGGGAAGCAACAUUUGAACGCCAAAAAGAAUACCAAGAGGAAGCUGAGACUCUCCAAAAUGGUGCAAGUUGAUCGCAGUGACUAUGACAAUGUGAUAGGGGCUUUGCCAUAUUUGAAAGUGAACCGUUCCAAUUGAAUAUUUGUUAAUUUUCCGUGAAUGUUAAUGCAUAGUGAGUGCAUCUUGUUGUAAUUCAAUUUAAGGGUACUCUCCGAGUAAUAACCCUUUCUCACCUUGUAUCUUCUCAAUUCAUAUAUUGCUUAUUUUGUGUCAUUUUA